AUGAAUACUAGGAAAAAAAUUCAUGCGUUUGUCCAUAUCAAAUCCACCAAUGACUUUGCUCAUGAAAUGAUUAGAUACAGAGAUGACAACCAAAUCACUGAUGUUCAGUUAAAAAAAGAUACUAGCCCUGGCUGGUAUACUAGGAGAGGAGUUAUCAAUAGCCAGCAGAGAGACUGCUCAUUCAAGCUGGAUAAAGUUCUCCACCAUGCCUCCCAAGACUUGGUUUAUGAGACGGGGUUUCUCAGGCCCUCAAUGGGUAUAAUGGUAAUUUAGUUAAUUAACUAUUAUGCUCUUAAGACCAUAUGGAACCCCCUGUGGAGGAAGAGGUCCAAGUAUUGUAUUUUAUAGUAAAUAAAAUAUAACCUCAAAAA